AUGCUGGCCUCAGCUGGCGGUAUGGGUGGACUGAACAGCUCCGCCCCGGGAUCUGAUAACACAAACCUCAUCGACAACUCCGAAACGGUCUAUAUUUCAUCCCUUGCGCUGCUGAAGAUGUUGCGGCAUGGAAGAGCUGGAGUACCGAUGGAAGUCAUGGGCCUAAUGCUGGGAGAGUUCGUGGAUGACUUUACAGUCCGGGUUGUAGACGUGUUCGCCAUGCCUCAGAGUGGUACUGGUGUUAGUGUCGAAGCAGUGGAUCCCGUUUUCCAAACAAAGAUGAUGGACAUGCUACGGCAAACCGGGCGGCCCGAGACUGUUGUUGGCUGGUACCAUUCACAUCCUGGGUUUGGCUGUUGGCUUUCUUCGGUUGAUAUCAAUACACAACAAUCCUUCGAACAGCUAACUCCCCGAGCUGUGGCAGUCGUGGUUGACCCUAUCCAGUCUGUCAAGGGUAAGGUCGUCAUUGACGCUUUCCGGCUGAUUAACCCACAAUCUCUCAUGCUCGGCCAAGAACCCCGCCAAAGCACAUCGAACUUGGGCCAUCUUAACAAGCCCUCGAUUCAGGCACUUAUCCAUGGCCUCAAUCGGCACUACUACAGCAUUGGGAUCAACUACAGAAAGACUGCCCUUGAAGAGAACAUGUUGAUGAAUCUGCACAAACACGUCUGGACCGAAGGACUACAAAUGGAUGACUUCAGAGUAGAGGGGGAUAAGAACAAGGAACGGUUAAGGAAGCUUGUAGAUCUCUCCGAGGGGUAUGAGAGGAGGGUAAAAGAGGAGACGGAAUUGACCAAAGAUCAAUUGAAGACACGAUACGUCGGCAAGGUAGACCCGAAGAAACACUUGGAGGAUGUCGGACAACAACUCAUUGAGGAUAACAUCGUGUCAGUAUCGAGACAGAUGAUUGACAAAGAGGCGUCAGCUCCUAAGGAAAAGCUCGAUGCAAAUGGGCACGCUAAUGGUGAUGCAAUGGAUGUGGAAGAGGAGCUAUGA